AUGGCGGACAUCAACGUUGAAGAAGUGCUGAAGAAGCUCACGCUGACAGAGAAGGUCGAUCUACUCGCUGGCAUCGACUUCUGGCACACCAAGGCCAUUCCCAAUCAUGGCGUUCCCUCACUGCGUCUGACCGACGGCCCCAAUGGCGUCCGCGGCACUCGCUUCUUCAACUCUAUCCCAGCAGCCUGCUUCCCUUGCGGCACAGGCCUUGGAGCAACAUUCAACCAGGCGCUGCUCGAGGAAGCCGGAGCCACCAUGGGCGAAGAGGCCCGAGCCAAGAGCGCCCAUUCCAUCCUAGGCCCCACAAUCAACAUGCAGCGAUCGCCUUUGGGCGGACGUGGCUUUGAGAGCAUUGGCGAGGACCCUUACCUCGCCGGACUGGGCGCUGCGGCCCUGGUCAGGGGUAUCCAAAGCACGGGAGUCCAGGCCACCAUCAAGCACUUUCUCUGUAACGACCAAGAGGACAAGCGGAUGGGAGUGCACAGCAUCGUCACGGAGCGUGCGCUGCGAGAGAUCUAUGCCCUCCCGUUCCAGCUGGCGGUCCGCGACGCUCAGCCUGGCGGGUUCAUGACGGCCUACAACGGCAUCAACGGCGUCUUUUGCAGCGAGAACCCCAAGUACCUGGACGAAAUGCUCCGAAAGGAAUGGGGCUGGGAUGGCAUGAUCAUGAGCGACUGGUUCGGCACAUAUAGCACCACCGAUGCCGUCCAGGCGGGCCUGGACCUGGAAAUGCCCGGGCCGCCCAAGUUCAGAGGCGAGGCGCUCAAGUUCAACGUGACGACUGGCAAACCAUUCCAGCAUGUCAUCGACGCCAGGGCAAGGGAGGUUCUCAAGUUUGUUAAGAAGUGUGCUGCUGCGAACGUCAAGGAGAAUGGACCCGAAGGGGGUCGAGAUAUCCCAGAGACGGCUGCACUCCUCCGCAGGAUUGGCAAUGAGAGCAUUGUUCUCCUCAAGAACGACAACAACGUCUUGCCCCUGAAGAAGGACAAGAAGACGCUCGUGAUUGGUCCCAAUGCCAAGGUCGCAACGUACCACGGUGGUGGCUCCGCUGCCCUGUCCGCCUACUACGCUGUCACACCGUACGACGGCAUCAGCGAGAAGCUGGGCUCGCCAGCGCCAUACACGGUCGGCGCCUACACGCACCGCUUCCUGCCCAUCCUGGGGACGCAGCUGACUCGCCCCGACGGAAAGCCGGGCAUGUCCUGGAAGGUCUACAACAAGCCUAGCGACGCGGCCGAGCGGGGCGAGCUCAUUGACGAACUGGCCUUCACCAAGACGGAGAUGCACUUGGUGGAUUACUACAACACCAAGCUCGCAGACACCUGGUACGCCGACCUCGAGGGGACGCUUACCCCCGAGGAAGACCAGACCUACGAGUUUGGUGUGGUCGUCUGCGGUACCGCCAAGAUCUUUGUCGACGACAAGCUGGUGGUGGACAAUGCCACCAAGCAAGUUGCGGGUGACGCGUUCUUCGGCGCAGCCACGCGCGAGGAGCGCGGGACGAUCGAUCUCAAGAAGGGACAGGCCUAUAAGGUCCGUGUUGAGUUCGGCUCUGCGCCCACCUUUACCCUGGGGACGGACACCUUUGCCCCUGGCCACGGCUCCCUACGCGUAGGCGGCGCCAAGGUCAUCGACGCCCAGACCGAGGUGGCCAAGAGCGUUGCCCUCGCCAAGGAACACGAUCAGGUCAUCAUCUGCGCGGGUCUCAACGCGGACUGGGAAACAGAGGGCGCCGACCGGGCCAGCAUGAAGCUGCCGGGCGUGUUGGACCAGCUCAUUGCCGAGGUCACGACGGCGAACAAGAACACGGCCGUGGUGAUGCAGACGGGCACACCCGAGGAGAUGCCAUGGCUGGAGUCCGCUCCCGCUGUGCUCCAGGCGUGGUACGGCGGCAACGAGACGGGCAACUGCAUCGCGGACGUCUUAUUCGGCGACUACAACCCGUCCGGCAAGCUGUCCCUGAGCUUCCCCAAGAGGCUGCAAGACGUGCCCAGCUUCCUUAACUUCAAGACGGAGGCGGGCCGUACGCUGUACGGCGAGGACGUGUACUUGGGAUACCGCUACUAUGAGUUUGCCGACCGAGAGGUGAACUUCCCCUUUGGACAUGGUCUCUCCUACACAAGCUUCUCCUUCUCUGAUCUCAGCGUGGCCGUCAAGGAUGGCAAGGUCGUCGCGACCGUGUCCGUGACCAACACAGGGUCCGUCAAGGGCGCGCAGGUGGCGCAGCUGUACGUUGCCCCCAAGCAAAAGGCCAGAAUCAACCGACCGCUCAAGGAGCUGCGUGGCUUCGCCAAGGUGGAACUCGAGGCGGGCGAGACCAAACAGGUUGAAAUCUCUGAGCCGGAGAAAUACGUCGCCGCAUACUGGGACGAGGAGCGCGAUCAGUGGUGCGUGGAGAAGGGCGAGUACGAGGUGAUUGUCAGCGACAGCAGCAAGGUCACAGAGGCCGCCGUCAAGGGCAGCUUCACAGUGGCCGAGUCGUACUGGUGGUCAGGAAUCUAA